GGGCGGGACUAGGGAAAUAGGGGCCGGUUUUGUGCGUAGGGUGGCAGGUGUAGUGAUGAGGAGCGAGGCUCGGCGGGCUGGAGAAGGUAACCCCGCACGGCAGCCCCGACAGCGGCCCGCUCGCACGGGAUGGCAGUGACCUCGCCGCGCUGUUCCCGUCGCUGAGUGCUGUGGAGCCUCCUCUGCCAGUGCCAUUGCAAUUGCCAUGCCUCCCCAGGAGCUCCUGGAUUACGCGCCCGCCCUGCGGAGACACAGCCCGCCCCGGGGCAGCGGCCCGGAGCUGGGCAUCAAGUGCGUGCUGGUGGGCGAUGGCGCCGUGGGCAAGACCAGCCUGGUGGUUAGCUACACCACCAACGGGUACCCCGACGAGUACCAGCCCACCGCCCUUGACACUUUCUCCGUGCAGGUCCUUGUGGAUGGAGCCCCUGUCCGGAUUCAGCUGUGGGACACUGCUGGACAGGAGGACUUUGACUGUUUGCGUUCUCUUUGUUAUCCUGACACCGACGUCUUCCUUGUCUGCUUCAGUGUGGUAAACCCAAGCUCCUUCCAAAAUAUUACUGAGAAGUGGAUCCCUGAGAUACGAACUCACAACCCCCGGGCACCAGUGCUGCUAGUGGGGACACAGGCAGACUUGCGGGACGAUGUCAAUGUCCUCAUCAGCCUGGAUCGCUACCAUGUGAAGCCUGUGCCCCGGCCUCAGGCAGAAGGUCUAGCUGACAAAAUCCGGGCUGAAGCCUACCUGGAAUGCUCAGCACUGACUCAAAAGAACCUCAAAGAAGUUUUUGACAUGGCCAUUGUCAGUGGUGUUGAGCACAAAGCACGGCAGGAAAAGAAGAUGACUGCCAAAGGCAUCAAGACUCUCUCCAAGUGCCGCUGGAAGAAGUUCUUUUGCUUUGUCUGAAGCCGCUUUAAAGGAAGGGGAAAGAAGCACCUAAAGCCAGUAUUGGCUCUGCACCUUCUUGGAGUGACUGCUCCUAUGGCCCCAGCAAG